AUGCCAACCUGCAACAAUACUUCUCGAGUGGGCAAAACUAGUCCCUACUGGCGGGGUCUGAACGGUCCAAAGAAGACGGUACCGACCUUCCAGUCGGCCUCGGUGGCGCCCAGAUCGGGGGCGACGCAGGCCCAGUUGGGCAACCGGAUAGGUCAGCAAUUGCUGCGCACUCUCGUCCAGAGUCUGCCCACGGCCUCGCAGAAUAUCCGUUCCAGAUCGAACUGCACCCACAGCUUCCGUCGUCGCCUGCGCCAGCCGAGCUGCAGAUCGCUUCGCACCCCGGAAAGGGCAUCCCUGCCCGGCAGAGGGCCAUCCCAACCGAAACCCAGCGUCAAGCUAACCACCGGUUUACCUGUCCGGCAAGUGGCCGGUAAGGACCGAAAGACAGCUGGCGCUUCGGAGAGCCAAUAUGCCCAGAAAUCCAUUGAUACUAUAUUGAAGCGCCGCCAGGAGAAUCCGGGGGUUAAGGCCAAGGCCAGAGAGGAGGAGUUUGACCGGAUUCCGCCGGCCAGAUCAGUAGUACCAUCCCCUUUGGUCGAUAGUCCAGAGACUGAGGAGAAGGAAGAGAGUCCUGUGAUGACCCAAAUGAAGCCUCGCGCAAAUAUCGCCACAUCAGCCAGUGCGGGGGCUUCCCAGUCAACUAGCGGAAAGAGUUCCCUCCCGAGUAGUCAGAUGGAAUCCAGAAAUGUCAGUACUUUACAGUCAAGGCGGGAGAGCCAAGAUAAGAGCCCGCCGUCCAACUUCUGCGAGGAGGCCAAGACGACCAAUUUUUGCGAAGAUGCCAUGAAGGCCAGCGAGACGUUGGAAGGAGACUCGAUAGACAAGGAGCUUAAGGAAACUGUUGGUGGCUCAAAAAUGAAGAUCUUUCCCUGCUUUCGCGGUGAGUAUCCCACCCGCCAUCGGCCCGACUCGUUCCAAUGGUUCCAGGCCACGGGUCCAGGUUGCGGCAACAUCAUGACCAUAUGCGACGAGAACCAACAGCUAGUGGGUGAGACGGAAAUUCUGACGUCCUGUGAGGUAACCGAGGCCCAUUUCCUGAGCAUCGACUGCGACGAUGAUGGCGAAAACACGACCGGACCACCGUGCACAAAAUGCCAGGAAUCUGUGUCCAUGUGGACGAACCAAUCUCCUACCGUGUUCCGAUGCCGGCAGCAGCAACAACAGCCACAGAUGCCGCAGCAGCGACAGCAGCAGAUGCCGCAGCAGCAGCAAACUAUGAGCUGGUUGGGAUCCGACAGUCAACAAGGAAACCCCUAUAUGCAACAACACUCCAUGCAGCAACAGCAACAGCAGAACAUUAUGCAAAAUAAUCAAGGCUUCAUGCAGCAAAACUUGCAACAGAACCAGUACAUGCAGCAACCUCCAUGCAUGCAGCAGCAACAGUCGAAUUUUAUGCCACCUCCAGGUUGCCCUCAGGCCAACAUGCAACAAGAUCAGAUCCAUAGCCAAUUCAGUUCGCAAAUGCAGCAGGAGCAUCUGCAACAGAAGCAAGUGAUGCAGAAGAUGCCAUUCCAGCCAAUGCAGCAGCCGGAUCCCAACUGCCUGACUGAAUUGCUGGCCCAGGAGCUGAAGCAACAGAUGCAGGAGGCCCAGGCCCAGAUCGCUCAGGUGCAACUGCAACUGAACAGCGCCUGCGGGGCGACGAGAGUGCGGAAGAUGCAUGUCCUGACCCAGAGCGGCACCGAGGAUCCUUCCUGGUCACCAACCACCCAUUUCUUGCGCUCCCUCGAACAUGAUGGUGUGGAACUAGAUGACCCCAACAUGCUGGGCGACGAGGGUGACCUUGAUGAUGAUGUGGCAAGCUGCUUAGGACCUUGUGCCCAAGGGAAUUCCUACAAGCAAUUGCAGCAGCAGCAGGUUAUGACUAGCAGCUGUCCGGGAUUGGGUAUGCCCCCACAAUCGGGAGUGCCCUUUUCCUAUCCGUGUCCUGGCCAGCAAAACUCACAGCAACCCAUGCAAUUGGGCCUCUAUCAGGUGCCUCUUUCGGCUGCCGAUCAAGGUCAAAUGUUCCAGCAACAGUCCUGUCCUCCAGGCCAUCAACAAAAUCCUUAUCCUACGCAAUACCCAUUAAUGCAACAGCAACAGCAGGUACCAGGUUGUCCCCAGCAACUGCUCCAGCAGCAGGUGCCGGGCUGUCCGCAGCAACAACAAUGUCCUCAAUGUCCUAGCCAGCAGAGAUCCCCCAACCCACAACAGCAAAAGCGAUCUCCGUGUCCACAGCAACCAAGUCCUGGCCAGCAGUCGCUGAGUAUGUGUCACUUUUGUCCGAGUUGCUGUUGCCAGAGGUAUGCCCAGAUGCGAUUCAUGAUGCCGCGGUGUUGGCCACGCUAGUAAUGUAUCUUACCUUGCACAAAAUCCAAAGUACUGUGUUUAGUGCCAGAUAAGAUACUUUACCAAUUAAACAAUGUGCGCCAUGAUGCACUGAAUUGUGCAAUUCUUCCGUUUAAAAUUGAAGUCAAUCGGAGAAUUGAAAAGCCAAAGAACCUAAUAAAUUAUUGAUUUAAAUUUUA